AUGGCGAAAAAUGUUCAGUUGAAGUUGUUGCAGAAAAGAGAACGGCAAAUAGUGCUUCUCAUGGACAGUGUCGACCGAUUCAUACAGAAUUACGAACCAGAACGUGAUGAGUGUCAGAUUAGUUCUAGGCUUGAGGCCUUAGAACCCGUGUUUGAUGAGUUUCAUGAAGUGCGCAGUAAAAUCGAGCUGAUCUUUUAUGAAAGUGAAGAGAAGAAGGCCAAGGAGCUCUAUGGUGACGCCAAAGAUGAAGCUGAAGCACAACGUGAGGAAGAAAACGACAGGCUGCUGCUGAGUUUUGAAGACCGUUUCUUCCAGUUGAAGGGUGCACUGUCGAAACUUCAAAACAAACCCGAGCGAGCUCCGAUCGUAGACGACUCUUCACACAGUCAAGGCCAUGCCUCCAUGGGGUCAAGAGUUAAGCUGCCAGAAAUCCGAUUGCCCAGUUUUAGUGGAAAACUUCGCGAAUGGGUUUCAUUCCGCGACAGUUUUCAAAGUUUGAUCCACAACAACGGUCAACUCGCACCCAUGGAGAAGUUCUCCUACCUCAGGUCAUCGUUAAGCGGCGAAGCACUCGAAGAAGUUCUCUCUAUCGAACUGUCAGACGUUAACUACAGUGUCGCCUGGGAGAUUCUGACAGAACGAUAUGAAAACAAGAAGCUGAUAGUGAAGGCGUACCUAGACGCACUAUUUUCACUCGAACCGAUCAGAAAAGAAGGGUAUGGGAGCAUCAACAAUCUCAUAAGUGAGUUCGAGAAGAACUUGAUGAUGCUGCAGAAGGUCGGCGAGAACACUGAUGGUUGGAGCACAAUUCUGGCACACAUGCUCUACUCGCGACUGGACUCUGUCACCUUAAGAAGCUGGGAAACUCAACACAACAGCAAAGAAGUACCGAAAUACGAGGACAUGAGGAAGUUUCUGCGCAGCUACUGUUCCGUUCUGCAGUCAGUUGCUCCAGCCACAGAACCCCGUUACAAUGUCACCGAUCAUCACCAGUCAAGAACCCAAUCAGCAAGCUACACAACAGUUAAGUCCUCAAACCAGUGUCCAUUCUGUAGUGAAACGUGGCACUCACCGUUUCACUGUCAGAGAUUCCUUCGAUUGAAGAUAUCAGAACGUGUUGAAGCCGCCAAUCGAAGUCGAGUCUGUCGAAAUUGCCUGCAGCCUGGUCAUUUUGCGACAAACUGCACGCGUAGCAGUUGUCGGUUGUGUCAACAAAAGCAUCACACUAUGUUGCAUGCUACGCGAUCCUCCGUUCCAAAUCCGUCAAAUCCGAGACUCAGUCAACUGUCAAACGCACAACCUAAUCUUGAAAGCACCCAUAUUAAUACACAGCAAGCCUAUCAACAGCAAAGACAACAAACCAUGCCAAUAGUUACGGAAACACACACUCAACCGCUAAAUGCAACACACAAUUCACCAAACACAACCACACAAAUCAAUUCACCAAUGCCAAGCACAAGCCAAAGCUACGUAGCACUACCUGUUAAGCCUGCAUCAAAUACUCUGCUUCCUACAGCUCUUAUCAAGAUCCAAGACCGCUACGGUAACGCUCUGACGGCUAGAGCCCUGCUGGACUCUUGUUCGCAGCAUUGUCUGAUGACUGAAGAGUUUUCGAGAAAGCUGAAGCUUGAAGAAAUACCAACGUUUUUGUCAGUCCAGGGUAUUGGGUCAUCUCAGUCAGUGUCAACGAAAACCAUACGUUCUGAAGUCUGUUCACGUUCACCAAAAAUAUCUGAUUUCCGAGAAACUAUGCAGUUCUUUGUGUUGCCCAAACUCACGCUGCGGCUACCUUCGUCAUCGUUUCAUCCUUCGCCAAUGUCGAUUCCCGAUUCCUCUUUGCUAGCAGAUCCUAACUUCCAUGAGUCAAAGCGGAUCGAUGUCAUCAUUGGUGCUGAAUAUUACACAGAUUUGUUUAGGAAUGAACGAAGAAAGGUCACGAAUGGUCCCACGUUACAAAACACAGUUUUUGGUUGGAUUGUGUCAGGUCGAAUGGUCGAGUUUCCGCAAAACGUUCCACAUACCUUAGUUAGCCCUACAAGCACCUACAUAAGCAGCUCACGUGGUUCUAGGAGCUCGAAACACGCAGCGUUGAGAUUUCGAACUGAAUUGAUGCACCUACAGUCAGAGUUGAAGCAGACUGCCCUACCCAAGAAUGACCGAGCGGCCAAUCCAAACGGUUCCAACACCACACACGACUUGGGACAACCGGAUCUGAUGAACCUCGAAGUCCAGCGGAUCGAUGCCCCAGGGUCCAUACAUCGGCAGUCGAUCAUGUGCUCUCCCCAUUCCGUUCACACAGAACAGCAACAGCAUACCACCAGGCAGAUUCGAAGAAUGUCGAGCCUUUCCAGUUCGCCAUCAGCCUCCAGCCAGACAUAUCCAUAUUAG